UCAAAAAACCAUUUUCUAUCAUGGAGGACACUGUCAAUGUAGAUUGCGAAGAUCAAACUACCUUCUCCAUUUCCUCCGCCCCUUCUUCCUCCUCCUCCUCCACCACCACCUUUUUCACAACCUCUUCCUGUUCAUGCCCUUCUGAAGCAAAAAUUUCAACCGAAAUCAUAACACUGAAAGCCUCUAAGAGAUCAGUUAAAGAAGGAGAAAAUGCAGAUGAUAAGAUAACCAGCGAGAAGGUUAAGAAAAGAGACGACGGAAAACACCCGAUAUACCGCGGCGUACGGCGGAGGAGCUGGGGAAAAUGGGUGUCGGAAAUUCGUGAACCGAGGAAGAAAUCAAGAAUAUGGCUUGGAACGUUUGAAACCCCAGAAAUGGCGGCUAGGGCUCAUGAUGUAGCAACUAUCAAAAUCAAAGGCAAAUCAGCUUUUCUCAACUUCCCGGAGUUGGCUCACGAUCUUCCCCGGCUGGCUUCGACCUCCCCUAAGGAUAUUCAAGCCGCGGCCAAAGCCGCCGCCUUAAUAUUUCGGAACACCCAUGAAGCCGAAGAUGAAGCUGAGCUCCACCGUGAGGAGGUUGUGGGUCUGUAUUCUACGGAGGCCACCGGAGACUCAUCAAAUUCAGCUUUAAGCCCAGCCAACGACCCUUUUGCGGGCUUGCCCGAUCUCUUUCUCGACGUUGGUGAUCAGACUGAUGAGUUCUGUGACUUCUGGUACACAUCGCCAUGGCAACUGCCCGGUGCUGAGUAUGUUGAUAGUGGGUUCUGGUCCACAGAAUCUCUGUGGAGCUACAGCUAAAAGAGCACCCAAAGAUAUAUAGUUUAAAUUAUUGGUGGAUAUUAAUAUCGUAAGUUGAAUACGGUUCUAUGCAUGCAUUAUUCAAAGUUCGCACCAUUUGAUCAUAUUUCAAGCCCUCACAAAUGAAAAUUACAUGUUUUUGUUGAAUAUGUAAGCAAAUAUUUGCAUGGGUUUAAGGGGUUGUUAUCUUACUUUCUUCAAUAAGAUUCACUUUGAAGUACAAGAGCUCUUAAUCUUUC